AUGUUCAUUGCCUAUCCAUUUUGGCGGGAUAUUCACUUCUUCUUGUACCAUUAUCCCAUGCAUAUAGAACCCUUCUACAAAUGGAUUCAUGCUCAUCAUCACAGAAGCUGGAAUACAGGGCCCUGGAGCGGUUUGUCCAUGACUCCAAUGGAAAGUUCCAUCACAUUCACCGGUCCGUCUAUCCCCUGCUUGAUCACGGCGGCCCAUCCAUUGCUUUUCUUUUAUGCCAACAUGUUGGCAUUUGUCAACCCCGUCUAUGGCCACCACGGACACGAAGAAUUUGCUGGAUCCUAUUUUCAUUAUUUGCACCAUUCGAGGGUGACCUGCAACUAUGGAAUGACAUUUACACCGGUGGAUCUCCUGACAGGGACGUGGUGCUCGGGCACCAACGAGGAUGCAUAUCUGGCCAAAGUAGAAAAGGGACGGCCCGAAGGAUGGACACCCAAUGGAGACCACACAUGGGGAACCAUUAAUGCAGAUUAA